AUCUUGUUUUCACAAGAUGGUUUAUGACCUUUGCUUCGGUACAACGCAAUUCAGUGUGAAGGUUUCUGUCAGGAAAGCCACCCCCCUCUGGUGUGGACAGAGGUGUCGGGGUGGCUAGCGUUGCUGAUUCGUGGGAUCCCCGGGUGAUGCGGUAACUCUCUUGUGGGUGGAGAGGAGUUCCGACCCCACUGGCUCUUAAACAAAUCUGGUUCAGAGUGGGACGAAAACAGGGAAAUCGGAGGGGGGAAGAACAGCUAUUUUGAGGAAGAAUAAGGAACCGAAAGUGCGAGCCGUAGGAAAUCUGGAAAUUGCCUGAAACGAAAGGGUGUAGGAAAGGAAAAAAUGAAGACCGGGGUACUAAUGCCGUUAUGGGGGAUUUUAUUAACCAUACUUUUGGUUAAGGUGAACUGUGAAGAGCUGCAGCCCGUACCAGAAGAAAAUCUUUUAGUCUUGACUGUUGCCACCAAAGAGACAGAUGGAUUUCAACGUUUCAUGAGAUCAGCCAAGUUCUUCAACUACACUAUCAAGGUGCUAGGAAGAGGAGAGAAAUGGAGAGGUGGGGGCUACCUGACUCCACCAGGAGGGGGCCAGAAGGUGCGGCUCCUUAAAUCUGCUCUUGAGAAGAUGGAAAAGGAAGAUCAGAUCAUCCUGUUCAUUGACAGCUAUGAUGUGGCCUUUGCAUCGGGUCCAAAAGAGCUGCUGAAGAAGUUCCACCAGACUCGGCACAAGGUGGUGUUUUCUGCGGAGACCCUCAUCUGGCCUGACCGCCACCUCGAGGACAAGUACCCCUACUUCAGAGAGGGCAAGAGAUUCCUUGGUUCAGGAGGCUUCAUUGGCUAUGUGCCCAACAUUAAAAAGAUGGUUGAAGACUGGAGUGGAAAAGACGAUGACAGUGACCAGCUUUUUUACACCCAGAUUUACAUCAACCCAGAGAAAAGGAAAAAUAUAAACAUUACUUUAGACAGCAAGUGCAGAAUAUUCCAGAACCUCCAUGGAGCUUUAGAUGAAGUAGUAUUGAAGUUUGAGGACGGUCGUGUUCGGGCCAGGAACGUCGCGUAUGAUACACUGCCUGUUGUUGUCCAUGGCAACGGUCCUACAAAGCUCCAGCUAAACUACCUUGGUAAUUACAUCCCACGAGUGUGGACCUUUGAAACUGGCUGUACUGUGUGUGAUGAGGACCAGAAACUUCUCUCUGGCCUCAAGGAGAGCGAAUACCCCAUGGUCUUAGUAGGGAUCUUCAUUCAGCAACCAACUCCCUUUGUGACGGUGUUCUUUGAGCGUCUGUUGAAUCUCCAAUACCCCAAAGACAGGCUUAAGCUCUUCAUAUACAAUCAUGAGCCUCAUCAUGAAAAGCAAGUCAAGUCAUUCCUGGAGAAUCAUGGGACAGAGUAUCGCGCUGUGAAAGUCAUUGGUCCAGAGGAAGAGCUGGACAGCGCAGCACCGCGGAAUUUGGGAAUAGAUGUGUGCCGGCAGGACACGGACUGCGAGUAUUACUUCAGUGUGGACGUGGAAGUUGUUGUAAAAAAUGCAAACACCCUCAAAAUUCUAAUUGAACAGAACAAGCCCAUAAUAACCCCGUUGAUGACCAGACAUGGGAAGCUGUGGUCUAAUUUCUGGGGUGCUCUUAGCGCAGAAGGGUAUUAUGCCAGGUCUGAGGACUAUGUGGACAUUGUUCAAGGAAGGAGGGUAGGGGUCUGGAAUGUGCCCUACAUCUCCAGCAUCUACCUCAUCAAAGGCAGUGUUCUGAAGUCAGAGCUCCUGGCCAAGGACCUCUUCAGUUCUCCCCAUCUGGACCCUGAUAUGGCCUUCUGCCACAAUGUGCGAAACCAGGGAGGCUUCAUGUAUGUUACCAACAGACAGGAGUUUGGACACAUCCUUUCCACUGAAAACUACCAGACCUCUCACCUACACAAUGACCUUUGGCAGAUCUUUGAAAAUCCUGUGGAUUGGGAAGAAAGAUACAUUCAUGUGAAUUACAGCAGGAUGAUGAAAGACAAAUUAAUAGAAACACCAUGUCCAGAUGUUUACUGGUUUCCAAUCAUAAGUGAUGUUGGCUGUAAUCAUCUUGUUGAAGAAAUGGAACAUUUUGGACAGUGGUCACAUGGCUCCAAUGAGGAUACUAGGAUCCAAGGGGGUUAUGAAAAUGUGCCCACAAUAGACAUUCACAUGAAUCAGGUUGGCUACGAGAGGGAGUGGCACAAGUUCUUGCUAGAGUACAUUGCUCCAGUUACAGAGAAAAUGUACCCAGGCUAUUACACCAAGGCUCAAUUUGAACUGGCGUUUGUAGUUAGGUAUAAACCAGAUGAACAGCCAUUUUUAAAGCCUCAUCACGAUGCGUCCACUUUUACUAUUAAUAUUGCUCUGAACCAAGUUGGGAUUGAUUACGAGGGUGGUGGCUGCCGGUUUCUCCGAUACAACUGCUCUAUCCAGGCCCCACGAAAGGGGUGGGCCCUGAUGCACCCAGGACGCCUCACACACUACCACGAAGGCCUGCCCACCACCAAAGGCACAAGAUACAUUGCGGUGUCAUUUGUUGACCCUUAAAUGAACAGAAAUCAAGUUUAUGUAUUUUUUUAAUUGUCUGAUGUUAUGUGUUUUAAUGAUACUGGUACAGAGUUAGAUUGAGGAAUAGCGAUAUUCUGAUGUAAAGAAACCAGAUUACUAGAAACUGUUCUCCCGAGGAGAUGGGGAGAGACAGGCCACUUGUUUGACCUCUAUUCCACAAAAUGGGUCAGACAACUGAGUGAGGCAAUGUGCUUCCAUUAAGAGACAGUACAUAAAAUACUAGUAAACCAAUGAAUAUAUCUCGAUCUUUUCAGGUGGAGGCUGUGGAAAAAUAGUCUGCAGUCCUUAAAUAAGAGCUGUCUGCCAAAAAGUUUCAAUAUCAUUUAUAUAUGCUAACACCAUAUAAAGCCUUAAAACAGAUUUACCAAAAAAUUCAACUUUAAAAACAGUGUACAUGUUUACAUGGAUUUUACUUUUGUUUACUGUCACAACUCUAUUGGUGAAUGAAAUCUGAAUUCUAUAUAUAAAAAAACUGAUUAAUUUGAUGACUGCCAACAUGAAAUAUUCAGAACUGUUAAAAUAACUAAUUGGUUUCUGGAAAUGAUGCCCUUCUGUAUUGUGUUAAACGUGUAUUAUUUUUAGACCAACCACACAUUAUUAUCAUGAAUUUAACAUAUUUUAACCAUCUGGACUUGGAGAAAGUGUUAAGAAAGUAAAAUGUUAGCCUUAUGUGUAUUAUAAGAUACAACAUCACAUUCUUCUGGAGUGAAAAGAGGACAUUUACUGUAAGACAAACUUCUUAAUUUUUUAAUUUUAAAAACAAGGUACUGGCCUUCCUUUUUUGAAAAAAAAAAUGCAAAUAUAAAUUUCUUUUAACUACUGAACAAAGGUUAAUUUGCAAAUCCUUGCCAUUGUUGGGUAACAUGCGCUGAAUUGAACAAAUGAUUGUUUUGAAAGUGCUCUUAAUUUAUUUUUGGGGAAAAGGAAGUGUGUUCAUUUUAUGUCUUAACAAUACUGGAAAUUGGAUUACACAAGUAAUAUGAGAACUAUGCAGCAUUUGACUUCAUGACUUUCUGGAAGUUAAUGGACUUUCUGGAAGCCACAUGUUAAUAAACAAUAUUAAUAUAAUAUCAAUAAUCAGUAUUCAAUAAAACAGUAAAUCAAAAAUUGCUGGCCAUUUAUACAAUACCUGUAAUGCAUAUUGUUGUGUUGUAUGUCACAUCACAAAUAUGAUACAUUGAAUUUAUCAGACCUAUUGUUAAAAUUUGGAAUUUUGCUGAUUCAUUUUAAACUGUAACUGUAAAAUCAUGUGGCUUGUAAGUCUCUCAUUUUGCCCUACAGCUCAGAGCAAAUUGGCAGGAAAAAGGAAAAUUAAAAAAGGACUCUAUGAAGUUUG